AUGUUCGGGGCAGUAAGUAAAGUUGGUAGUGGCUUCUUAGCUGCAAAAACAGUUGCCGAAAAAGCCCUGACAGAAUGUGGAAAAAUUGCUGCUGUUUCUGCCACCUCCCAAAGGGAUUACGCAGCGAAGGCUUCAGGAAAAGGGCAAGGUAAGGUGGUCGCUGUUAUCGGUGCCGUCGUAGACGUCCAAUUUGAAGAUGCUCUUCCGCCUAUUCUUAAUGCCUUGGAAGUCCAAAAUCGAUCACCUCGUUUAGUAUUAGAAGUAGCGCAGCACUUGGGAGAGAAUACUGUCCGCACCAUUGCUAUGGAUGGUACCGAGGGUUUGGUCCGCGGCCAGCCUGUGCAUGACUCGGGAUCGCCCAUCCGUAUCCCCGUAGGCGCGGAGACCCUCGGUCGUAUCAUCAAUGUCAUUGGCGAACCUAUCGAUGAACGUGGACCUAUUCCAACAGACAAAACCGCGGCUAUCCAUGCCGAGGCCCCAGAGUUUGUGGAAAUGUCUGUACAACAGGAAAUCUUGGUUACUGGUAUCAAAGUUGUAGACCUGUUGGCUCCAUAUGCCAAAGGAGGUAAAAUUGGUCUUUUCGGCGGUGCUGGUGUAGGCAAGACUGUAUUGAUCAUGGAACUUAUCAAUAAUGUUGCAAAGGCUCAUGGUGGUUACUCUGUAUUUGCUGGAGUAGGUGAGCGUACCCGUGAAGGCAAUGAUUUAUAUCAUGAAAUGAUUGAGUCUGGUGUAAUUUCCCUGAAGGACAAGACAUCCAAAGUAGCUCUUGUAUAUGGGCAAAUGAAUGAGCCCCCAGGUGCCCGCGCCCGUGUAGCUCUUACUGGAUUGACUGUAGCAGAAUAUUUCCGUGACCAAGAAGGCCAAGAUGUGUUGCUUUUUAUUGAUAAUAUCUUCAGAUUCACCCAGGCUGGUUCUGAGGUGUCUGCUCUGUUGGGUCGUAUUCCUUCUGCUGUGGGAUAUCAACCAACUUUAGCCACUGACAUGGGUACUAUGCAGGAACGUAUUACCACCACCAAAAAGGGUUCUAUCACUUCUGUACAGGCCAUCUAUGUACCCGCUGAUGACUUAACUGAUCCUGCUCCUGCUACAACCUUUGCCCACUUGGAUGCCACUACUGUGUUAUCCCGUGCUAUUGCUGAGCUCGGUAUUUACCCAGCUGUAGAUCCACUGGAUUCUACUUCUCGUAUUAUGGAUCCUAACAUUAUUGGAGCCGAGCACUACAAUGUUGCACGUGGUGUCCAGAAGAUUUUGCAAGACUAUAAAUCGCUGCAGGAUAUUAUUGCUAUUUUGGGUAUGGAUGAGUUGUCUGAAGAAGACAAACUAACUGUGGCCCGUGCACGCAAAAUUCAGAGGUUCUUGUCCCAGCCUUUCCAAGUAGCUGAAGUAUUCACAGGGCAUGCUGGAAAAUUGGUACCACUCGAAGAGACCAUUAAGGGCUUUUCUAAGAUUCUACAGGGCGAGUAUGACCAUUUACCUGAGGUUGCAUUCUACAUGGUUGGACCUAUUGAAGAAGUUAUUGCAAAGGCUGAAACUCUCGCCAAGAAUGCUUAA